AUGGCAAAGGAGACCUCAGGCGCGCAUGAGUGGCAUGGGCUCUGGAGCGCUGCUUGUUUGGGUCUGGCCGCUGCAACACGUGAGUCGAUGGGACUGCCAUUGGCGCUGUUCUGCUUGCCUGGUGCGGUCGCCCUCGACUGCCAGGCACCUGCCUGGGUCAUGAUCAGGAUCACCUACCCACCGGGCUUCCCCACGGAUGGCAUCACCUUGACCGGUGAUCAUCUCGUGAUUGGUGCUGAGGAUCCAGCCCCCAAGCGCACCGAACCGGGCAUCUAUGGCUGCGAUGCGUGUCCGGUGGUGACGACGGUGAUCCAUGAGCCUUUGGAUCGCUUGGCCUGCCAUCAGGGUUGUGAGCCCAGAACAGUCCUUGAGGUUGAGACUGACGCGGCGACCAUGCGCUUUCAGGGCAUGGUGUCGGGCGCCGGGGACGGAUACUGGUAUGUGGCUAGGACGGAUGGGAGUCGGCAGGGAACCGCCGGUGAUGGUGCGGCCAGCGGCCGCAUUACUACCAACAGCACAGGGAACUUCUCAUUCUUGGUGCCGCUCUUCUGCGGUGAUCAGGUGAUCAAGGUGACUUGGUGGAACUCCUCAGGCCCCUUGGUGCUCGUGUACCGGGUUCGGACUACGGGUUGUGCCUUGGAUUUUCUCUUCCACCUGGACUGGGAUGCUGAGACGCGCGGGCAUCGCGACCUGUUGGAUGCGGGAUGGAGACACUUUCUGGCACAACAUGGCGCCAGCCUGGGGUGGGAAACUCAGGUGGGAUUGCAUUGA